UGCGCUUUAUCCGUAGUUGUUUUGUUGAUAUUAAUUCGCUCUAUCGAUUUACGAAUUACGAGCUGUGAGCACCAGAUGUCCAGACACACCAAUUCGCCACCACUAAUUGGUCACGAUUUGAAAUAAUACGCGAGUCGUCGAACACAGCUGCAGUUUCCGAGACAUGGCUGCGUCUCUGAAACGUCUCGAGGACGAGAUCGCGGACGACGAGAAUACGUCCGAGGAGAAUGGACCCGAAUCCGAAGCGACAGAAGAUCCUCACUCGUCUACUGCUUCUGCCUCGAACACAAAGUCUGACGAUGAAGAAAAGAAAACGCCCGUACCAAAAAAGAAAUCUACUUCGAAGAAAUCCAAGAAAAAUGCUGAAUUGCCAGAAGAUGCAUAUGCAUCCGAUGCUUCUGCCUUGCCAACAAGCUCUAACGUUGGGGAGAAUUCAACAUCAGGAACGAAACUGAAAUCUAUCUUGAAAAAAACCAGGAAAAGUGGUGACAAGUCUACAAGUGAAUAUAACGAGUGUCCUGUAUGUUUGGGACCAGCUGUGUUCCCUGUUCGUACUCCAUGCGGUCAUGUAUUUUGUUUCUUGUGUGUGAAAGGAGCGGCACGGCAAGCUAACAGGUGUCCAAUGUGUCGUCAACAUAUACCUAUUGAUUUUGACAAAAAUCCCAUUAUUCUUGAACGCCAAGAAGUAGAAACAUUUGAAGAUGGUUACCAAUGGUUUUAUGAAGGCAAAAACGGCUGGUGGCAAUAUGAGAAGAGAACAUCUGAUGAAAUUGAACAACACUACAAACUCAAUGUACUAAAAUUUGAUGUACUUAUUUGUGGUACAAUGUAUACAAUUGAUCUCGACCGCAGUGUGCAAUAUAACAGGGAUAAUCCAUACAGGAGAAGGAAAGUGAAACGAGAAAAUGCCAAUAAUAUUGCUGUUAAAGGUGUUGCUGGUGUUCAUUAAUUUCACGUAUUUUCUCAUUUAUAUUUACAUAUUAUAUUUAUUGUUCUUUAUUCAUACAUGACUCAAAUUAUGAUGUAUGGAAGUUUAAAUGUCUAUUUUAUGUACUUAUUAAUGUUAAUUUAUUAUUAUUAACAUUCAUUUUAAUGAAAAUUUUGCUAAUUCAUAAAUUUUGUCAAUUAUAUUCUCAUUAUUUAUUUUAAGAUCUGGAUACCAAUAAUCCUGAAAAAUAUUUUAAAAAUUAUUUGAUUAAUUAACAAGGAAUUUUUAUUAAAAUGGUGUAAAUUGUGCUGUGAAAAAAGUCUGAUGACUUAAAUUAAUGUUUUCUAAUGAUUACAUUAAAUAAAAAUGUAAUGUGUGUUUUUGAUUUUCUUUAAACAAAAAAGAAACUAAUACAUGGUUUAAGCUGAAAUCAUCAAAACUUGUACCAUAUUAUACUUUGCACCUAAACAUUUUUUUGCAUUCACAUUUUAUUGGUAUCCAGAACCUCUUGGAAAGUUUUUAAGAUCUGUUUUAAGAAUUUCAUAUUCUCGCUAUUGUUCUUUUGGUGCGAUUUAAAUUAUUAUAAAUAUUACCUAUGUUAUAUCUUAAGAAUAAUUAGUAUAAAAAUUAUAAGACAAAGUUAUAACUGUACAAAA